AUGAGCGAAGCUCUUCAGCCGCGAAUGCUAGCCCCAGAGGCUUCGGAUCAAUGGCUCUGGAUCGUCGUCGUCGGAGCUUUCGGGAGCUUCUUGGCUGCUUUCGGCAUAGGAGCCAACGACGUUGCCAACGCCUUCUCGACUUCCGUGGGAGCUCGGGCGGUCACUCUAAAGCAAGCGAUAGUACUGGCUGGAGUAUUUGAGUUCCUGGGCGCGCUACUCUUGGGCGCACCCGUAACCAAGGCCAUCCGCGAGAACAUCGUCAACUCGAGACUUAUAUACUAG